GGGGCGGUGGCGGCGGCGGCGGAGGUUCGAUUAUGCCUUUAAAGAUGCAGAUUCUACUGAUAUAAAUACCUAUGGGUCACAGGAGGCUCGAAAAAUGGAAGAUGCAUCUAUAAAAUGCGAAGCUAACACGAUGAGCCAUGAGGAAGAAGAGCCCGACACAAGCAUCAGUGGCCAGAUUUCUGUUAAUGAAUUUUCUUGCCACUGCUGUUAUGACAUUCUGGUCAAUCCAACCACCUUGAACUGUGGGCACAGUUUCUGCCGGCACUGCCUAGCUCUGUGGUGGGUGUCUUCAAAGAAAACAGAGUGUCCAGAAUGUCGAGAGAAAUGGGAAGGAUUCCCUAAAGUCAACAUUCUCCUCAGAGAUGCCAUUGAAAAAUUGUUUCCUGAUGCCAUUAAGCAAAGAGUUGAAGAUAUUCAGCAGAAUAGCGAUGUAGCCCAUAGUCUUGCAGCCUUUCAGAAAUACGGGAACAACCAGAUUUCUGUUGCUCCACAUUCAGGACGUGCUAAUCAGCAGCGAGGAGGGGGAUUCUUUUCUGGCGUGCUCACAGCUUUAACUGGUGUGGCAGUUGUUCUGCUUGUGUACCACUGGAGCAGCAGAGAAUCCGAACACGACUUACUCGUUCACAAGUCAGUAGCUAGGUGGACUGCAGAAGAAGUUAUCCUCUGGCUAGAACAGCUGGGACCCUGGGCUUCUCUCUAUAAAGAGAAAUUUUUGUCAGAGAGAGUUAACGGCAGGUUACUUUUAACACUGACAGAUGAAGAAUUUUCGAAAAUCCCAUAUAGUAUAGAAAACAGUAGUCACAGAAAAGCCAUUCUCAUGGAACUAGAACGUGUCAAAACACUAGGAGUUAAGCCUCCCCAGAAUCUUUGGGAAUACAAGGCAGUGAACCCAGGCAAGUCACUGUUCCUGCUGUAUGCCCUGAAGAGUUCGCCAAGACUCAGUAUGCUCUAUUUGUAUCUGUUUGACUAUGCAGAAACCUUUUUACCUUUUAUUCACACAAUCUGUCCAGUGCAAGAAGAUCUUGAAGAGGAUAUUAUCACAAAACUUCUAGACCUUAAAGAUCCUUCAUGGAAACAGUGGAGAGAAUUCCUUGUUAAAUAUUCCUUCCUUCCAUAUCAAUUAAUUGCUGAAUUUGCCUGGGAUUGGCUGGAGGUACAUUAUUGGACAUCACGAUUUCUCAUUGUUAAUGCCAUGUUACUCUCUGUCCUGGAAUUAUUCUCAUUUUGGAGGAUUUGGUCAAGAAGUGAAUUGAAGACUGUUCCUCACAGAAUGUGGAGCCAUUUCUGGAAAGUAUCAACACAGGGCCUUUUUGUUGCCAUUUUUUGGCCCGUUAUUCCUCAGUUCAUUUGCAACUGUCUAUUUUACUGGGCCCUGUACUUUAAUCCAAUUAUUAACAUUGAUCUUGUGGUCAAAGAAGUACGACGACUGGAAACCCAAGUACUGUGAUCGAUGCUCUCUGAGCGAAUAACCCAGCCUCCGUAAAGUUUAAUUUUGAAGCUUACAAGAGGAGAAAAACAAAACAAACAUAUUUUCUAUAGUGAUAAAAGGUGCUGCUUUGUUGGAAAAAAGAUUGCCCCAUGUCAAGGAAUAUCAUAUUUUAUUAAGAUUUUGACAUUGUGGCAGCAGGGCCCAUAAUCCCAAAGCCAACCUUUGCUUGUUCUUAAUAAUAUUGUUCUCACCUCCUACCUACCUCACAGGAGUGUUGUGAGGAUUAAUAAGAAUGUGUCAUUGAGGAGUAUUGGGAUAAUGAUUGUGAAGUGCUUUUUGAGCUCCUUAGAAAAGAAAGCAUUCCUUAGAUAAAAGCCCCCCCUAGAAAGCAGCAAUUGUGUUCUGAAAGAACUGCGUGUUAAGGAAAGAUUGACUACCAAAAGCACGCUCACUACCAUUUCUUCCUAUGCUGCAUCUGUUUGGACCAACUUGUGGAUUGCUUUAUAUCCAGACAGGUGCGUCUUGUGGGAAGAAUUCCUUAAUUCUUUAAGAGCGUUCUGUCUAGAUCUCGCUAUGGAAACACAGAUUGUAACAAAACUCCCUGUAUUGGUACAUUAGUAGUAUCUGAUGUUCCUAGGCUGUUUAGAAUGAUUAGAAUGUAUUGCAUUGCUUGUCUUUUGGUAAGGGAGAAAGAACUGGGUAUGCUGAUUAUGAAAAGUGAAUUGAAGGUUUGAUAGACAGGACUUUUGCUUUUCAGUCCCUUCAACAAGCGGCAUUUAGGAAACUCUGGUUGAGAAUUUUAGAAGUGCCAAAAACCCUGAAGCAUCCACAGAAGGGAAGUACAGAGUGAAAAAUCCAAUUUUGAUCAAAGGGAUUGUCUUGGUCAGGGGUUUGGUUUACAUUCUGGAAAGACUUGGGAAAAAAUGGUAAGUUGCUUUGUUAGGUAGACUCAUUUUAAAUUGUACUGGUUAUGUUUCACCUCUAAUCAUAAAUAUUUUAUUCCCUUUAUAGAGAAAGGGGAAUUGAGAAGGACACCAAGCAUUUAAUGCAAACUAAUUUUAUCCACCCACUCUUAUGCUGUCUCAGUGCUUCCUUGGAAUCUUUUUGUUUUAUUUAAUGCCUGAAAUAAUUUCCAAGAUUGUACUUUUGUUGGAUACAUUUUGUAAACUGACCUCACACUGUAUGCUCUAUUUUUACUGUGUUCUGAUAUGUAUGUCCAAUAGCCGUGACCGUAAAUACGAAAUGGUUUGGAUUAUGGCUUUUCACAUGAAAACACCGUGUUCCAAAUGGACUGCCUGAGUCCAGGCCACACACAAAUGAGCUGGAUCCAAAACGUGUUAUUUUGACUUCAUGAACCACUCUGUAGCCAUUUGUAUCUUAGUGAGAAUUUCAUAUUUUCAUCUGAAGGUUUUUAGGAAUUAAUUUAGGCAAAAUUAAAGCUUUUUUUCAGUUA